CGAUGGACGGCCUCGCGUGUCGUUCAUUCGCAUCGAACAAAUCAGUCGGCCAGUGAACGUUAAACUGCGAUUAAAUUCGUGUCGCGCCGGUGAACAGUGCUGUUCGAGCAAUCUGAGCAAAGAUCCAAAUGAAAGCCAUGAACGCGGCCACGGUUCUCCUAAUCCUCGCGACAGGACUGGCGAGCGGUCAGUUGAACUUCGAGGGCAAUCCCCUAACGGAGGACACCGAGUACACCGCGGAGGAGUCGCGAAUCUCCUCAAAAGCCUCGACAGAGACAUUCCCUAAACUCGAGAACGCAACAAACGCAUCACGGGAGCUAGAAAACGAGGUCACUGCAAGACCAGAGGCUGUUCAAACCGCUCGACACCUGCCCACCAGUCCCUACGUCUACGGUACCAACUCCAUAAACACGGCGGAGCUGGCGUUGAGCACGUUUCUGAACUCCAAAACGCCCGAGGAGUCUCGUCUCUCGCUGGACAGCUACCUACAGACCAGGAAGACCCCGCAGAACGUCAUCGUGGGUGAACAAACCGCGUCAGUGGCCGGUCAACAACUACCUCAACAGGUUACGCCGCCUCAGAUGGUCGUCUCCUCACCUGUUAAUCAACACCUGACCGCGCAGCUUAUGCAACAACGACAAAUGAUGCAAGCGUACCCCGUUAACCGGCCACAAUUCGGCGAACAGGUUUACAACGCGCCCACGAGCUCAUCCUCGGCUCUGAACGCUGUGGGUACAGCUCUACCGCAACAGGUUCAGGCGCCUUACAUGCAGCCUGGGAUACAAAGCAGAAACGAUCUCUUCUAUCCAGCCGGAUGGCAUAACCGCGUGAGAAGAAUACGUGGGAGACCGUUCCUCUACGCGCAGUCCAGGGGGGGACCAGGAGGUUUCUACAAUGGGCCUCCAGGUCCCUACAAGCCCAAGGGCCCCAUAGAAGUGAUCUACACUAAGCCUCCAGGUUUUGGUCGAGGUCCACCUGGCAUCAGCAACCCUCCAGUGCCGUACGAGGACGCCAGCGCCUGGUUUCCGGAGGCUGAUCAUCCUCCCCCUCCUAAAGACGUCUACUACUCUCAGUUGUACGCUCAGUCCUACGAUCCGUACUAUUACAACUACAUCGCCAAAACUGGCAAGGUGAAGCCUCAUCUGUAUGGGAAGCUAGGUAAGUAUCAUGAGGAGGAGGGCGGUGAUGGGAUCUGGGCGGAGCUGUAUCGAGGCUUCAAGAAGCACGGCCUGAAGAACAUGAUGACGCCCACGUUCCUCCUGGGGAUGACUCUGCCAGUGGUCACACUGAUGCUCACUGCGCUGGUGCAGAAGAGGUCCUUCGCCAGGUCGGACUCCAGGCAGUUCUCGCAGGAGGAGACUGUUCAGGAGUACCUGGAGCAGCUGCAAAGAGCUGUGGAGUGCUACGAGAAGAAGAGAAGGAAGAGGGACGCGAACGUGAACGAGUGUUGGACCCACGAUUAAUUU